GCAAAGGAAACGUUAACGUAACUAUGUGAAAAACAUACCGGGCAAUAUCUUUUAAGUUUAGUUAUACAGUGGUUUAGAUGAAGUAUUGCUUGAAAAAGUUAAUUAGUGACAGAUAUUUGUAAAAACUUUAUGUAAAUAUGGAGUGACUUGUACAGUACUUUAAUACUCCACAGUAUUGGUUGAUUUUUGACUUUUUCAACCAGAAUUACAAUAUGUGCAACUUUUAUCUAACACUAAAGCAUGAACGUAAUGAUCUCACUAAAUCAACAGCAUUGUUAGUGUGGCGGAUGGAAUAUAGUACAAAAGUACAAGUGAGUCAUCGAAGGACAUUGACAUUGCUGCGGAUUAGGAAAUUAUUUUCAGAAACCACAUAACUAUCUUAUUUAUGUCUGAUCCUUCGCUGUUAGCUGCUGGAAUAUGGCUAGCUAUUGCUGCCAUUAUUGCUGUUGUUCUUUUUAUUACAUCUUACUUUGUGAAACCUGCGAAAAGAAAAAAGAAGGAUAAACAACAUGUUGGAAACAUUCAAAAUGAAAGAGUCGGUGGACAUAGACGUAGGCGAGGUGCUGAUAUGAUGAGACGCCGAGUUCUAGAGCUUGAAGAUGAUGAAGAAGAUGAAGAUAUUGAUGACUUUGGAAGUUUACCAUUUGAUCCUAAUGAAACAACAGGAAAGAUUGGUGCAAAGAAGAUGAAAAAACUAGAAAUGAAGGCAAAAAAGAGCGCAAAGAGAGGUCGAUACAAGACUUGUCUAGAAGAAAUGGAAUAUGAGCGUGAAGAAAGAAAACAACGUCAGCGAAUGCUUGAUGAUGAAGCAAAGAGACUUGAAAAAAUUCGAAAGAAGGAAAAAGAGAAGGAGGAAGAAGAAGAGAGAAAACGUAAAGAAGAACAAGAAAGAUUGGAACAUGAAGAAUAUUUAAAAUUAAAAGAGAGUUUUGCAGUUGAAGGAGAAGGAAGUGGUGAACAACUGAUAGAGGAAGAGUCCCAAUCUCUGUUACAAGAAUUCAUUGACUAUAUAAAGGAUACAAAAGUAGUGCUUUUGGAAGAUUUAGCUUCGCACUUUAACCUUCGUACUCAAGAUGCAAUAAACAGAGUAAAAGUUCUUCAGGAAAUGGGAAGAAUAACAGGUGUUGUGGAUGACAGAGGAAAGUUUAUUUACAUAUCUCAAGAGGAAUUGGAGGCUGUAGCAAAGUUCAUUCAACAAAGAGGACGAGUGUCGAUAAGUGACCUUUCUGAUUCCAGUAAUACUCUUAUAAAUCUUGAAGCAUGUUUAAAGAAGCCUGAAAUGUCAUCAACAGAAAUCCCUGUGUGAUGUAAAAAUAUAGACUUAACAUGAUUGUUAUUGAUUUAAAAAUUUAUCUACAAGCAUGACUUAACCAUGUCACCAACAACAUUUUAUUAAAAUUGUGUCUAAUACUUCUAA